AUGAUGACAACCACGGGAAUGAUCACCGAAUUUGCCAUCUCAUCGAAUAACAUGUAUUUUCUCAGAAUUAAAUUUUACAACGAAACGAAAUCAAAUAUCAAGAAACCAAGUGCGCUCAUGUACAAACAUAUACCCUCCGUCCGAUUCUACCUCCAUCCUUCCUCCGGGAAAUACCCAAUAAUCGCAGUCCUCAACAUCCGCCCAUUCUCCAACACAUUUAAAUCCCAAACAAGAAUCCUAGAGGCCAUAAAAAACGAACACGCAGACCUAAACAUCCACAGCCAAAAAAUCCUUUCCUCAAUCGACACCGAAGAACAAACCCGCUACCAAAACCAAUUCACCUGGGAACUAGCCCGCCACAUAGUAGGCGAAGAACUAAUAGUCUACCCCGCCAUAAUCCAACAUGUAUCAGGCGGGCAACAGAUCUCCAACGAAAACCGUAUCGAGCACCAAGAGAUCAAAACGCAAUUGAAAAUGUUCCAGGGUCUCCCGGCUACGGAUCCACGAUUUGCACCUACGCUCGAGGGAUUGGUGCAUGAUUUACAAGAGCAUAUGAGGCAUGAGGAGGAGAAGGAUUUUGUUCGAUUGGAGCAUGCGUUGGAGAAGGGGGAGAGCGAGGAGUUGACUAGGUCGUUGGAGAGGACUAGGAUGUUUUUGCCGUCUAGGUCGCAUCCUUUGGCGCCUAGUAAGCCGCCCUUUGAGACGGCUGUGGGGCUUUUGACGGCGCCGGUUGAUUUGUUGGCUGAUUUGUUUCGGAAGUGGCCGAGGGGAGAGAGGGGGGAGGAGAGGAGUGAGCAGAGGGGAUUGUAG